AUCCGACUUGCAUCUCAAAGUCAUUCAGGAUGUAUCGCGCCUCGCUGCUGGCGACCAGGACGCUGGCCGCGGUUCACCUUCAUUGCGUAGUACACGCACGGGCCAUGUCAACAUCAACAACAGCAGCAGCAGCGGCAGCAGCAGCUGGAUGCGGCGUACUGAGCCCGCGUCUGCCAAAGCCUCAGCCGCAGCACAAUCUUGCGAUCUCACUCUUCCAACCGUCGCCCGCAUUGUCAAGAUCCGCCUCGACGACUGCGCGUUCCAGCAAGCGAGGCUCAACAACAACAGGCGCUGCAGCGUCCAGCAAGUCGACUCCCGCGGUGGUGCCGAGCAAUGCUGCUGCUACUGCUACUGCGGAAUCUCGCGUCAUCAGGCCGAAAUCUCAACGCGCCAAGACAGCCGCCGUCUCGAGUCACGUUCCGAUGAGCGACCUGGCUGCUCUCGUUUCGAAAAUGCUUGCCACAGACUCUGUUGCUCAGCGACGGGUGAUCCUGGGCGAGGUUGACGACAAGAUGGCUGCGCUGCUCAGAUUGAUUUACAAUCCCAACAUUCGAUUUGGGGUGACAAGCUUAUCACUUGUCAAAAGCACCCCUGCCAAGUCAAGCGCCAAAGACGUGUCUGCGAGUGUGAAAGCUGGAGCACCGACUCCAAACACUCCGGCAUCCUUGUUCGAGUUGCUCUCCGAGCUCUCCACUGGGCAGCUUCGAGGCUCUGCUGCCACUGAUAGUGUUUGGCGCUUCAUUGCGGAAAACAAGGGCCACCAGCGGUUGAUUCUGCAGGCCAUCGACAAGGACUUGCAGUUUCGACUGCUCCAUGAGGGGAUUGACAAGGCGCUUCCUUCGCAAAGCUCCCGUGCCAAGGUAGAUGCCAAGAUGCACAUCGCCUUGGCUUUUAACUACAACGAUUACGUAGAUCGCGUGGACUCCCUCGCAUCAACACCAAGGUGGUAUGCCUCGCGCAAGCUCGAUGGCAUUCGCUCCUUGACGCAAGUCACCCGGGACAAGGAGGGCCAAAUAACGUUCCAGUUUUUAUCUCGCUCGGGGAAACCACUGUCCGGCUUUGACCUCAUUCCCGAGCACAUUCGUCGAUUGAUUGAGCAAUGGGAGCUGAAGCGCCCCGUACUGGAGCAGAUCCUGUCCGACCGUUCGAAAAACGUUGCAGGCACUGCGUUGCUUCGACAAGCAGUCGACCGAUUGCCAGCAGGACGCCCGUUUACGCUCUUUCUCGAUGGCGAAGCCUUUGUUGCGAAUGAGAAAGGUGACGAGAGUUUGAGUGCAGCCAUGUCCGCGUUCCGCAGCACAAAGCUUGGCGCUCAAGUGGCGCCCUCGUCGUCCAAAUCUGUGGCCUUUUUCGAUCUGCUCUCACUUGAAGAGAUGGCCGAAGGAGAAUCGCAGCGCAAGGUGCCGUUCGAGGCGCGUCAACUCGCGCUGCAGCUGCUCCUGGGCAUUCCGCUGCACCAGCCAGCCGAGCUUGCGGUCGAGCCUGCCAACUUGCCAGUUCUCGCGCGUCCACCGCCACGAGAUUUCACAAAAUCCAUGCUCAUUCCAUCUCCGUUGACUCCAGAGUUGCAAAUGGUCCGCCAAAUCCGCCUUGAGAAGGCGAGUGACAUCCAGGCGCUUCGAGAUGCGGCAGCAGCGACCAAGUGGGAGGGAUUUAUGCUCCGCAAGAAUGUGCCAUACGACGGCCGACGAACACCCGAUUUGCUCAAGGUCAAGUCCCAGAAGGAAGCAGAGUUUGUUGUCACAGCUGUCGAGAACGGCCCCAUGCGAUUGGGAGGGUCGGAUGUUGAAGAAAUUGCCUUAGCGGCUGUCACGAUUGACUACGAAGGCCACAAGGUGAAUGUCGGGUCUGGCUUUACCAACGAGCAACGUCGCUACUUUGCCAAGCACCCCGAGGCAAUUCUCGGCAAGGAGAUUACCGUUCGGUUUUCCCUCGAGAGCACGAACAAGAAAGGCGGCAAGUCGCUCCGCUUUCCAAUCUUUAUGGUUUUGCACGAGUCUGGCAAGCGUGAUGUUUGAUGAUAGUCCGCCGUCUCUCCUCCCUUGUUUCCCCGGUUUGCAACUGCACCGUGCCCCCUAUCUGUACAUUCAAACACACACAUUCGGGUUGUU